GUUGCCACUCCGCUGGCACACGUGUUGAGCGCAUAAACAAAUUGUUUAACUACCGAAUAGAAUCCUCCAACGCAUCUUUCAAAUCCCUCAAAGAACCCGCCAUGCCGCCGGACAUCGAGAUCAUAGUGGGCACCUACGAGGAGUACCUGCUGGGCUACCAGCUGUCCGAAUCGCCGGAGGACGCCACACCAGCCAAACUGCAGCUAAAACAGACUUUUGCGGACAGAUCCCAUGCCGGAUCCAUAAAAGCGGUGGCCGUGCAAGGACCCUGGGUGGCCAGUGGCGGCAGCGAUGACCGGAUCUUCGUCUACGACAUGCGGACGCGGAAGCAGUCGCAGAUCCUGCUCUCGCACGCGGGCACUGUGAAUACGCUGCAAUUCUCGCCGGAUCUAACGCACUUGCUUUCUGGUAGUGCCGAUGGCCACAUGAUCGCCACCCGCGUGGGCAGCUGGACCACGGAGGGCGAUUGGCGGAAGGCCCAUGCCGGCCAGGCCGUCACCCACAUCAGUUGCCAUCCCAGCAGCAAGCUGGCCUUGUCCUUGGGCGGCGACCAGGUGCUGAACACCUGGAACCUGGUCAAGGGACGUGUGGCCUACAAGACCAAUUUGAAGAGCAAGACAACGCUGGGCAGCCAACCGGAUUGCCUGUCCUGGUCCACACAGGGCGACCACUUCACGCUGAGCGGUCCAUUGUGCCUGGAGGUCUGGGACAUCAAGAACGCCCAUGUGGUGCGACGUUCCAAGACGCCAGCGAAGCCAAUUUGCGUUGCCUGGCUGAACGGGAACGAGCUCCUGGCUGGCUUGGAAAACGGCAGCAUUGCCUGGAUUUCCCUCAAGGACGAAGAGGAUGCUCCCCCAACCAUCAUUCCUGCACACGAGGCGAGGGUCAAGGCCAUGGCCUAUCUGAACGAAUCACUGGCUACCGUCUCCAGCGCCGGCGAAAUCAAAGUCUGGAGGAUUGACCUGGAGAAGCGCGAGCUGGAGGAGAUUGCCAGCACCAACAUGGACUGCCGACCCACUGGCUUGGGCCUGCUGGAUCUCACUCAGUUCGGCAAUGCCCGUCCGGUGGAGCAGCGCAUCAAAGUGGAGAAGAAACCAAAGGCCAAGACAGAAAGCGGCCAAACCGCUAAGCCUGCGGCACCACGCGGAUUCGUGACCAUUGAGUACGAGCAGGAUGAGAAGCAGGAGCCCGAGGAGGAGGCAGUUACCACCCCCAAACCGAAGCCAAAGAAGAAAGCGGCUAAAAAGGCGCCUCAGGAACCAGAGGAAUCCUCCGAAGAGAGCAACUCCUCGGAUGAGGAAAGCGAGGACUUCUCCGACAGCGACAGUGACGCCUCCAGUGAUGGCGGUCAUCGUAAGAGGAAGCCCACCAAGCGGAAACAGCCACCCACUCCAUCCUCCAAACGAAAAGUCAAACAACAGAAAAAGAAAUAAUCCUCUAACGCUUAAAUUCUACGUUAUAUUAUGACUGUCAAUAAAGUUGAGUUAAUAUAGAAAUA